UGCGACUGUAGGCUCUUUCGCGGCGUCGCCACCCCUACUCGUGGGCCGCAUCACUCAUAUCUGUGCCCUGCCCUGCACUGGUGACGCCUCUGGUCUCUGUCUUGCAGCACAUCCCUUUCCUCUCGUCUUGUGUUUCCGUUUACGCCUCUCGUACGGUCUAUGUUGGAUCAGGUGCUUCAGUUCAGAUUAAAUUGCGCGGUGGAACGAGUCUGGAAGCUCUGAUCCUAAUUUAGGGUGGAGUUGGGGGUGGUGGUAUUGGAGUUUUUGCGAGCGUGUGAGCGGCACUUAAUUGUUUCGCUCUAUGGCGGAGCUUGCGAACGGUACGAGUGAAGUGCAGCCCAUGGCUGUGAAUGAUGAGCAGGGGGAUGUUUCGCCGGCUCUGGAUUUUGUGCCACCGCCGAAACCACAAUUUGGGGCUUUGUCGGCGCAUGAAAUGAAUGGAGGCAAGUUCGAGUUUCGGAAGGUGUUCGUGCCGACGCAUCGAUUUACGCCGCUUAAAGAACAUUGGAUGGAGAUUUAUACACCUGUAUUCGAGCAAAUGAAGAUUGACAUUCGGAUGAACUUGAAGGCCCGCAAGGUUGAGCUGAAGACCAGACGAGAUACGCCAGAUACUGGUUCCAUUCAGAAGUGUGCUGAUUUUGUACAUGCUUUCAUCUUGGGGUUUGAUAUACAAGACGCAAUUGCACUUCUAAGGCUGGAUGAUCUGUAUGUGGAAUCUUUCGAGAUCAAGGAUGUGAAGACGUUGAAAGGUGAACAUCUGUCUCGUGCCAUCGGCAGGUUGUCUGGAAAGGGUGGCAAGACGAAAUUCGCUAUUGAGAAUUCCACUCGCACUCGCAUAGUCAUAGCUGAUACCAGAAUACAUAUAUUAGGCUCCUUUGCUAAUAUUCGAGUGUCGAGGGAUGCUUUAUGCAGUUUGAUUCUAGGAUCUCCCGCAGGGAAAGUCUACUCGAAGCUCAGAGCUGUGUCCAGUCGUCUAGCAGAGAAGUUCUAGGUUCAUGCUGCUUAGUCAAUUUUCUUUUUCUCACUGCCAAUUUUCGAGUUUACCAAAGCACCGAUUCAUAUAUUGGUGCUGCAGUUGGUUGCGUAAACAACUGGGUAGGUGAUAAGUAACAUGAUAAACUGCGAUGUAUGAAUCUAAAAUCAAUUUCGGUUCGUUCAAUCUUCGAUCAGUAGCAUCCUCUUAUUGUGUGUUCUCAUCCACUAUCUUUGGUAGGAAAUUCGUGGUCUGAACCCUGUAUUUAUGAAUAUAGUUUAUCUGUUGUGCACAUGGCCUUAAUGAUGCAAUUAUUUUCUUAA